AAUUAAAACUUCUAAAGGUAUGCUUUACAAUAGUCUAAAAGAGGUUUUCUGCUUUCCUAAAACUUAUUUUUGAAUAAUGUUCUAAUAUUCUUUGAUGUAAUGUCUCAUAAGUAAUUAGGUUUACUACAAUAACACUCUGAGGGCACCAAGUCAUUGCACCUGGCCCUGGGGACUGAAAUUUUGAUUUCUCGAAAAUAGGUAUAUCGAGCAAGUCAGGCGUUGGCCUGUCUCCGGCCCGGCGCCGCCCCGGUGACGGUGGCGACGCCUGGGGUCAGCUGCGCUCACAGCAGGGGGCGGGGCCGCCAGUCAUCGGCCGGACUGUGUUCCCGGCGGCGCCAGACGCUCCUCAAGGUCGCCAGCAGUAACCGACCAACUAUUGACUGAGCUGGAGCGUGACACACCGCGCCCCGCGGUCCCGACCACGCGCUGAGGAACAUGGAGGUCACUGAGAGAGUCGCUAAUCCCGCCAAAUACCGGGUGCACCUCCACAUUCACCUGGAUGGCGCCAUCCGCCCCUCCACCAUCUGGGAGCUGAGCAGACAGAAGAAUUUACCGCUGCCUGGAAAUGGAAGCCUGAGGGAGCUCGAAGAGACUAUGAAAAUUCGCUCGCCGGUGGACUUGGCAAACUACCUAGCCAGAUUCAAAUGGAUCUGCCCAGCAGUCAUGUACGAUGAUAACUGUCAACUGAUCAAUGCUUUCCUAGGUAUUAUUGGAGAACAGGGAAAUUAGAAUAGUUUUUAAUCAUGUGAACGGGAACCGGAGGGUGCAUGUAAGUCGAACUAUAUGGUGGUGUGUGGUUUCAGUAUUGUUGUAAAAGGCCACCCUUUUUAUGUUCGGUCUUUUACGCAAAUAUAUAGAUUAGAUAAUAGAUAUAGAUUAGUCCGAAACCUUACAUUUUUAGUGGGUAUACCUACCCAUGUCAGAUUUCUGUGUCUAAUAUGUCAAAUUAAAAAUGUCAGGUUUCUCACUAAACAAUAAGCACAAAUUAGCACAUAUGUAGCAGCUAAGGAAACACGGCUGUGUUUCGGGACAUGCACUGUCUGAGGUCUCAUUCAAAAAUAAUUAAACGCACUUGAGUCGUCUAAGCAACUAGUAUCGCCAAAUUGCAUCAGACGAUUUCACAAAAUCACCCGAGUAUACCGCCGCAGGGGGGACCUGGCCGCGAUGGAGCGCGUGGCGUUCGAGUUUGUCGAGGACGAGGCUGGUAGCGCGGUGCUGUACACGGAGCCGCGGUUCAGCCCGCACCUGCUGGUGGGCGCCGGCGGCCAGGUGACGGCCCGCCAGGUGACGGAGGCGGUGCUGCGCGGCCUGGCGCGCGGUCAGCAACAGUUCGGCGUCACCGCCCGCCUCCUGCUCUGCUGCGUCCGCGGGUUUUCCGAAUACUACGACGACGUCUUGGAGAUGUGCACUGAGUUCUGGGACAAGGGAGUGGUCGGAAUGGACAUUUCGGGAGACGAGGCAACCGCCACGACCGAAGAUGGCGACAUGCACAGUUCUGAGCAGCUACUGCAGAGGGAGAUUGCACUGUUCCAGGAGGCGGCCCGCCGCGGGAUCCACCGCACCGUGCAUUCAGGGGAGGCGGGCCCCGCCUACAUGGUGCAAAUAGCGCUCGAUAAGAUGCACGCCGAGCGGAUCGGUCACGGCUACCACGUGCUGGAGGAUAAGGAGCUGUAUAAACGCUGUAUCAAGGAACGCGUCCACUUCGAGUGCUGCCCCUCCUCCAGCCACCUGACGGGCUCGGUACCGCUCACACAGACCAAACACCCUGUUCAAAGAUUCUACGAAGACGGCGUCAGUUUCUCGGUGAACGUGGACGACCCGACCGUGAUCCAGGGGAAUAUGGACAGCGAGUAUUCGCUGAUGCGCCGAAUGGGCUUCAACGAGGCCAUGUUUGCUACCAUGAACUUCCAUGCGGCCAAAGCAUGUUUCCUGCCCGAGAAUGAGAAGAAAGAGCUUUUGGAGAAGAUUUGUAAGGCAUUUGGAUUCCCUGAAACGUACUGAAGAGCGGUUGCACUCGCACCAGAGGCACGUGAAUGGCUCAUGAAUCCGUAAAUCGAUUCCAAAUCGAUUCAACAUUGCUCAUGAAACGAAUAAAUGACGGCUAUGUAUGAUGAUUCGUGAUGAUUCAACGUUGUGUUUCUACAUCCAGUGACCAGUCAUUAUCAAACCAAGCCGGUCAAACAUGAUUUUGAUUGAAAUACACCUGUCAAAAACAA